AUGAGCGGCCUCGCCGAUCCUCCGUCUCGAAAUACUUUUACUGCCGGUACUGCAGAUGCGCCAGGCAAGACACGAAAGCUCCCCGUCCUUCCUUCCUCUAUUCCAUCCUCUGCUCAGUCGACAGGUGACUCCAUGGAGGUCACUCCACCUACCUCUACGACGACAGGUCCUGCGCCGCCCGCCCACAGCAGUCCCGACAGCGAUCGGGCGGGCGCAAACAUCGCGAAUUCCAAUGGUUCGGUCGAAACUGGAAACAUGAACAAUACUCUGUCAAAUCAAGCAAUCGGGGCUGCAGCCGCAGCCCAGCAGCCAAAGGUCGUUCAGACCGCUUUCAUUCAUAAACUGUAUAACAUGCUAGAGGAUCCUAGUAUUCAACAUUUGAUAUCGUGGUCGAGCACCAACGACAGCUUUGUCAUGUCGCCAACAUCCGAGUUCUCAAAAGUCCUCGCUCAAUAUUUCAAGCACACUAAUAUUUCGUCUUUCGUUCGACAGCUCAAUAUGUACGGAUUUCAUAAAGUGAGCGAUGUCUUUCACACCGGCUCUCCAGACUCUGCAUUAUGGGAGUUCAAACACGGGAAUGGGAAUUUUAAAAGGGGCGACCUCGUAGGGUUGCGCGAAAUCAAGCGCCGAGCAUCACGGCAUGCUUUAAUUCAUCGCGACUCAUUUCCCGGCCACAAGACCGCUGUUUCUCAACCUGGCACGCCGGCCGAGCCCGUCCCAGAUGCGACCGAAGCGCGAUUACUGAAUUUGGAACAUUCGCUAUAUGAUAUGCAUACCCGUCUAAGUCGCACUGAAGAGGCACAUUCAGCUCUCAAUUCAAGAUGUCAAGCCAUGGCCGAGAGUUUGGCCAGAUGUUAUCAUUGGGCGUAUUCAAUUUCUCAAUUCCUACAAGGAACGAUUCGAGAUCGGGACAGUCCUCUGUACCGGGAUGUAUCCAGCAUGCAGAAAGAGAUAGAGAAGCAUCUCGACGUCGUGCGAGCCCUCGAAAAUCCUCCGGACCCAUAUUUAUCUGUCAGACCACCAUUUUUUGCCAAUGUGUCGGUUGAUCCCGGGCCGCCUCUUUCCCCACGCCAGGUGCCCCAAGACGAUAGCCGUCGACCAUCGAUGAUGGAUACUUCUAGGCAUAACAUAAUCCGACCACCCGUGCCCCCGCAUCUUGCUGUCUCUCCUCGCCGGUAUGGCUCAAUUGGUGGGGGAAAUUCGUCCCCGAACUAUAAUCGGCCGCAGGUUCCCUCUGUAAUCCCACCUCAACAGCCGAUGCCUCAUCCUCUGUCUUCGGUGUCUUCUCCGCCGGGACCCAAUCUUGCUCGUCGACACACUUCAGCAGACAUCCGUCAGCAUGGCUGGCCGCCACCGAACGUUUCCCAGUUUCCCGCUGCUAAUGCACAGGGCGCUCCAGUCACACCAUGGCCACCCUCGCCCCAUCGUACACCGACUUCUAGUGAGCAGCAGGUUCGGGAUGUUCUGGCUCAGUAUGAGAUGGGAGUACCCCGGCGAUUUCAAAGCAGUUCGCGACAUGCUACCCCGCCUUUGAAUCCGGACCACCCGUCAUCCACUCUAACUGUGGACAACGCAUGGACAUAUGGUGGAUCGAAGUAUGCUAGGCAUGAAUCCUCGCUUCCUGCCACCAGACGAUCCAGCAUGGCCAGCAACGUCCACUCGCUCCUCAACCCCGCUGAUACAGUGGAACGUCCUGAAGAGGAUCAGCAUAACAACCUCGAAGAUCGAAAACGAAAGCGGUUAGAAUAA